UAAUAAUAUCUAGAUAAGAUAGAUUUAACAUAAAGUUGUUAUCUUAUGUAAAUUGUACUUGUCACCUUUGGGGUUGGAAUCUUCUACAUACGCGGUUUUUACAUAACCAUUGGACCUGCCUUCCAACCAGCCAGAUUAAGCUACGUUUUUCUGGAAGUUCCCUCUCUCUGUGUAUAAAUCGGAAUUGCCUUGCACCUUGUAAGCCGGCGAACGGUUUCAGUUUCCGAUCACUUGGAGCAAAUCUCGUAGCAGCAACCAGAGACAGGAAAGAAAGGCAGACAGGCGGAGGAGCAAGCAAAGCCGGAAACCCUAGAAAGGCUCGAGGUCAAAGGAAGAAGGAAGAAGGGUAUUCGAUCAUGUGUUUGGUGUUCGUGUGUGAUGAAGAGGAGAGGGUGCUGUCGAGGCAACCGGCACCGGGGGCAUGCCCUUACUGUGGAGGAAUGGUGCAAGCCAUGGAUGUCGAGAGCAACUGGAGGUUUUGCUUCCUGCCGCUGUAUUGGAGGACCAAGCGCAAGCUCUACUGCAGCUUGUGUGCUAGAAAAUUGGUAGUGCAGUGAUGAACUCACAUGAUAUGUAGAGAGCUUACAGUUUUUGGUUUUGUAUAUAUAGCAGAAUAUAUACUGCGAAUGACAGACUCUAUUAACAUGUACUUGCAAUCGUUUUCGAUUUCUUUCUAAAUUUCGUCUGAUUGCUCCCGUUCUUGCUCCAAAACAAUAUGAAUGAAUUUUCCGACUGAA